UAGCUUAACGACGUCACCCCUUUUCAAUUUCACACCUCACAACAGGAAAACAAGAACUCGAUGUACACAUGUUCCUAGCUGACGUCUUUCUGGAAAUUUGCUAUAGUCUCUUCAAUAUGUCGGCUGACGUCGGAUGCCAGCUGUGGCUCAUUAUAUGCAGGGCUGUACCCUCACUUGUUGAUGCGACUGCCUACUUGAUGGACAUCUCUGCACACAUGUUGGCUCCUUGGUUUCUUCAUGUAUUGACUGCUUUCUAUCGCAACAUGGUGGAAUGCACGGCCACUGUGCUCGACGUGUCUUUACAGGCUGUGAAGGGAAUUGUUGUUGUUGUACCACGAUUGGGGUCUCUCUUGGGGACUGGCAUUCGAGAGAUGUUUUUCCACUGUGUUGAGAUGAUGUGGAGCGUUGCUGUGUUUUUCAUACGCUUUUUUUUGUAUUUAAUCUUUAUGAUCCGAAUGUUGGUCGAGUUUGUGAUGCAAUGUUGUGUGACUAUUGGUAUGGCUGUGUUUCGUACAGCCUUCAGUUUGGUACAAGUCGUUGGAUCUGUUUUCCUCUCUCUAAUGUAUUUGACGUAUGAUGUAUUGUUGGUCUGCUUUCAUUUGUUUACAUGGAUUACUGGCACUUUUGUUACGAUACUGUGGGACAUGCGAUUGUGGAUUUUGUUGGCAAUAUUGAUAUCUACGACAGCAGUUGUGAUGAGAAGACUCCAUCUGCGGUGGCCUUUUCACAACGUUUAUUACAAAAUAAAAUCAUUUUUUCGGCAUUUUGUGACUGUUUUAUUGACAGCAGGCAGAGAUGAUGUUGAUUUUAGAGCAAAUGAAGAUGUUGAUGUUAGAGCAAAUGGUGAUGUUGAUGUUGGAGCAAAUGAUGAUGAAAAUGUUAGGGAUGGGGAAGCAUCAAACUUGGCAAGUGAAACAAGUGGCUUUCAGCAGCACUCGUGUGUUGUGUGCUUUUAUGCGACGAGGGACACUGUAUUGUUUCCUUGUCGACAUUUGAAUCUUUGUGGAAAAUGUGCAAAAAUUAUUAUGAAACGUAAUCGUUGCUGUCCCGUAUGCAGAGAACGGGUGGAAAAGAUGGAGAGGGUAUUUUUGUGAUUGCUGUACAUAUUUGACUGUACACUGAUAAGUUAGUAACUAGAGUAUAUGUAAAUAGUGUUGAUGGAAUAGACUUGAGGCUAGACAAAUUACAGGUGUGGCCGCUGUUAUUUUAGUUUUGUACAGUCGAUUAAGAUUUAAAUAAAUAUUGUAAUA